AAUCAUAGCAAUGGUUUUAUUUUAUUUUGAGGUUAUAAAAAUGAGUUUCAUGGUGUUAUUGGAUCGAGUGUCAAAAACAAAUUAAUUAAAACCCUAUUAAUGCUACAUUUACAUAGUUCUUUAAAGCUUUGUAGUGUUGUAAUAAUUUCGUCAUUCAAAAGAUCUUUUUCUUCAGCAAAGGCCAGAAUGCAAGUUUUUACGCAAAAAAGGAACCCAUUAACGGGCAGCACCGAAUGGGACGUGCAGCAUGAGGAUUAUGAUUAUCACCAGGAGAUAGCCAGGAGUGCCUUUGCAGACAUGUUACACGAUACUGAGAGGAAUCAGAAAUAUUAUAGAGCCCUUAAGCUGGCUAUCGAGAAGACGCAUGGAGCUGGCAAGCAAGCUAAUGUUUUGGACAUAGGUACUGGGACUGGUCUUCUUUCUAUCAUGGCUGCUCGAUGUGGAGCAGACUCAAUUGUAGCCUGUGAAGCUUUCAAACCGAUGGCUGAAUGCUGUGCAAAUAUACUAAAAAAUAAUGGAGUAGCAGAUAAAAUAACCCUCAUUCCUAAGAGGUCUACUGAAUUGACAGUUGGUGUAGAUGGGGAUAUGAAGCAGAAAGCAAACAUAUUGGUGACAGAGGUGUUUGACACGGAGUUGAUUGGGGAAGGAGCCAUAUCAACAUUUUCUCACGCACACCGGCACCUCUUAGAAGAGGAUUGUAUUGUGAUCCCAGAUUCAGCAGUAAUAUAUGUGCAACUAGUUGAGUGUCCCACCUUGCAGAAGUGGAACAAACUCAAUGAUUUGGCUGAUGAAGAUCUGCAAGUCAUACUUAGGACACCACAGAAGAUGAAAGAUUGUGCGGGCUCUGCAGCUGUCCAUGACCUCCAGCUGUCUCAGCUUCCUCGGGCAUCAUUUCGUGAACUCUCCGACCCCAUCCCGGUGUUCUACUACGACUGGUCCGGCCGCAGCCCCAUAGAUUUCAAGCGGACUGUCAAACAAACAUUUACCGCUACUGGCACGGGCCGAGCGCAAAUGGUCUUCAUGUGGUGGGAACUCAAUAUGGACACUGAAGGUAGGAUAUGCCUCAGUUGUGCGCCUUGGUGGAGCCACCCUGACGCCAACAUUACGGCCGAACGACCUCAAGAUUCGAUUCCCUGGCGAGACCAUUGGAUGCAAGCUGUCUACUAUCUUCCUCAAGAAAUAACGCUAAAAAACCACCACGAAGCCACACUCAUUUCCUGCCAGGACGAAUAUUCUCUAUGGUUCUACUUAGAAGACGAAAAAAUCAAGCAAAAGCAUUAUAAAAGACCUAUAUGCGAGUGCGGAGUGCAUAUGGCUUUAUCCAGAACGCACGUUUCGUAUUUGAACGAUGGAAGGCGAAGUAAAAAAUUCCUAAGUAAGAUGAAAGAAGAUUUAACGAGGGAUUCUGUGGUUUUAGAUUUGAACGGCAGCAGUUUCCUUGGUUUAGCUGCGGCGAAAAUUGGCGCGAAAAAAGUUUACAUUCUAGAGAAUCUGAAUUUGAAUGUUGGUUUUUUAAACGACUAUAUCGUAGAGAAUGGCAUAGAGAAUGUGGUUAUAGUGCCAGAGAUUACGAAUGACAUUUUGAAUGAGGUGACAAAUGUGGUGGCUGAUCCGAAUUUCAGUAAUGCAAUAUUGCCUUGGGAGAAUUUGAAGAUUGCGUAUUUGUUGUAUAAAUUCUGCAGUGCGUUGUGUGGGCAUGUGUCGAUGUUGCCUGAAGGCUGUGAGUUUUGGGCGAUGCCAGUGCAUUUUCUGGACUUGCACAAGAUAAGAAUACCCCUAGGUAGGUGCGAGGGUAUCGACAUGACGUUGUUCGAUGAACUUGUUGAGAAUUCGCGAGUGAUAAGCGACGCGGAGAUAGAGCCGCAGCCGCUGUGGGAGUACCCGUGCAGGAGCCGCGGCGUCCCCCGCAAGCUGCUGGACCUCAGCUUCACCCAAUUACAAGCUACUUAUGCGCACAAUGACGCGCAUCCGUUGACAGACACAGAUAGCGAAGAAGAACAAACAGUGAACGGAUUCGUGAUAUGGGCCGUUUGGAAAGUGGGGGGGAAGGAGAUCAGCUCGGGCCCCAGCGAGUGGCCCACUGUUGGGGACUGGGUGCAGUGGGACAUGCACACGAGGCAGGCUGUCAAAAUACUGAAACGUGACUACACAGUGAUCUCUUCAGACACGUGGAGUCACCAGGCGACUUGUGACCUCGAACGCGGUCAGUUCAAUGUAGACGUCAAUUUGGUGCUCCGGGACGACUUAUAAAAUAGUAAAUUAGCUCCGACCAGCUUUUAUUAGUUCCGACCAACUGAAGCGACUAUUUUAACAAGAUUUUAACUUGUAAUGUAACUAUAUGUUGUCCCUAUGUCUAUUCGGUUGGAUCUUUCAACUCAAGUUGGAAGCAGAUAUCUUCAACAGAUUGAGCUGAAAUUUUGUACACACGUUUAGAUUGGAUGACAAUUCAUUAUUAUGAACAUGACUUGAUGGUGUACCCAAGAACGGCUUAAAACGUGGCAACUCCUCAGCGGUUUACUGCGCGGAAAUAAUAUUUUUGUCACACAUUGAAUGAAAUAAGAUCUUUCUGGCAAAAAUAAAAUGCUUGUGUCAAAAAUUUCAUUUUUGUAAAGACAUUUUUUUUUUUUCGUUCUGAGCUCCU